AUGGUGAAGGCGAUGGAUGCGGUGGAGAAUGGACGGGUCCAUGUGGCGGAGGGGCAAAGCAACAAGGAAUGGCUCCCGCAGAGCGGCUAUGGUGGGACAGGCGGUCUGAAAGCACACCUGGCCCAGCGUGUGCCAGUGCUGCGGGACGCCGCGGCCUUUCGGGAGGUGCGCCGCAUCCUCCGUGAGGACUAUGGCGGGCCUCGGGCGCUCUUGGCCGAGCUGCGGACGCAGGGAUUCGUCGAGAACAGCCGCCUGGCGACGGGUGAGGGUGCACCCUUCAACCUCUUCGCGCGGCUGGCAGAUGGUCAGAUGCAACAACCAGGCAUGGAGGAGGAGCAGGCUGCUUUGAAGGACUAUGGGCAGAUCUUCUGCAUCUGCAAGAACCGGCCUGAGAAUGAUGAGAAGUGGCAGUCCGAGGAUGCCGAGUGGCUCGGGAAGGCCUCCAUGGCGGCACGGCAUCGCUUCUUGACCACCAAGGAUCUACGGUGGAACUUCUUCAAUGCCCUUACCAUGGGCAUGACCGACGAUGACGAUGUGGUUGGAGGCCUUUCAGAAUCCAUUCAACUCUUGGGACAGCUCAAGGCCGCAGCCAUGACCUACGCCUCGAAGAUGGGAACCUGGUCCGAGAAACUGGGCCUCUUCUUCCACGUCUAUGGCCACAACUCGGUGAAUUCUCUUCACCUGCACCUGGUGGACAUGAACUUUUUGGGUCCCACCUUUAAGAAGUUGGACUACAAAAACUGUCCCCUGAGUGCCGUUCUAGAGGUCUUGCAGGAUGAGCUGGCGAUGGCCACCCGGCCGCCACGAGCUCCGGAGGACGUCAUCGACUUGAACGUCGCAGGGGAGCUGCUCUCCGUGUCCGCGGCCACCUUUGCGGCGGCCAAAGGCCUGCGUGCGCCCGGACGCCUGCGGGAUGCUCAGGGUCGCCUCUUCCUGGACCUGCCGGUCGUGCUGGUGCGUGAGAUCUUGGAUGCCCUGCGGCUGCACGGCCUACGAGGUCAUGUCGGACCUCUGAAGCUCAGGCUCGUUGACGAGGACGCCGGGCUAGUAACGCGGCGAGCUGCUGUUGUGGCUAGUGCAUGGCACCUUGCUGCUGGUUGGGACUGA